UUCACAUGAUACUUGAUACUAUUGUUAUAUUAUAAAUGUUUAUUAAAUACUAAUUUGAUUUUAACCGUCCAUAAUAUUUUUAUUAGGUGUAAUAGUUUUCAUUUUAUACGUUUAGUUAUCAUACUUUUCUGUUUUAGACAAAAAACCAAACAAACUUUAAAGAAUUAAAUAACUAUACAAAAUUCCGUAUCCUCCGAACUCUAGAGGGCACCAUCGUCAUCCUGGUCAUUGUACAACAGCUGAAAUGUUGUCGGUGGUCAAGUUCGCGUUUAGACCAUUCGCAAGAAAAACUCUUGCAAAAAUGCAGUAUACCACAGGGGUCAACAUUGAUUUGUCGCCCAGUUACAAAUGCUCAUUUGAAGACCCAGUGCACGUGACCGUAAGUGGUUUAAAUCCGCAACAACGCGUGGAUCUUCGCUCAAAGAUCACAGAUGAUAAUGGUUUUGUCUUCAAGGCUUCGGCCACAUACAAAGCAGACGACAGUGGUCAAGUUGACCUUAGCCGCCACCCCUCGCUUGGUGGUAGCUUCACCGGUGUUGAACCAAUGGGCUUAUUCUGGUCACUGAACGCUGGUGAGCAAAUCUGCAAGUUUGCUAAAACAGAUGUGACGCUUCCUGCUCUCGUUGACAUUGAAGUGUUAAGCAACGAUAAAGUCAUUGCUAAAGCGACAAAUGAGAGACACUGCAUGGCUGAAGGUGUCCGGAGGGUUCCUAUAACCGAAGGCAGAAUCAGAGGAGUUCUUUUCAUGCCACCUGGAACAGGACCAUUUCCUGGGAUUUUGGAUACAUAUGUAUUCAGAGGAUUUCCUUUUGAGUUGAGGGCAGCUCUGCUGGCAAAGCAAGGGUUUGCUGUGUUAGCCUUGGCCUUUCAGGGUUACCAAGAUUUACCCAAAAAAGCCGAAAAAUUUGAUUUGGAGUAUUUUGAAGAGGGUAUAACAUUUCUGCGACAGCAGCCUGAGGUCAAAGGCCAAAAAAUAGGCCUAAUUUCUAUCUCAAAAAGUGGAGAUCUUGCUUUGUCAAUGGCAUCUUUCCUGUCUGGCAUAUCGGCUACAGUUUGGAUCAACGGAUGUAACGCAAAUACACUGGUGCCUAUCCACUACAAAGACAUUUGCCUUCCACCCCUGCUUUGGGACACUGGUAAAAUAAAAAUGACACCAUCAGGCCUUUUAGAUAUUGGGGAUGUUAUGCAUGACCCCAUGUCUAAAGAAUACCUCCCAUGUGUUAUACCCAUUGAGCGUGCUACGGGUAGCUUCAUGUUUAUCAUGUCAGAAGCUGACAGAAAUUGGCAAAGUGCCUAUUAUGCAAGGUUAGCAUGCGAUAGACUCAAAGCGCAUGGGAAAAAUAACUACGAGCUGGUGGCGUAUGAAAAGGCAGGUCACUUUAUUGAGGUGCCCUAUAUGCCAUUUUGUCUCGCAAACUAUCAUGCCGCAGCGGGCCAAGUGGUUUAUUUUGGUGGGGAGCCCAAGGCCCAUUCAGAGGCGCAGUUGGAUGCAUGGCCAAAGAUUUUGACAUUUUUUAAAAAACACUUAGGUGCUGCUGAUUACAACUACAAAUCAAUGCUUUAAAAUGUGAUGACACUGAAGGAUUCAAGAUCUGCAUGCUUGUUCUAUUAAUAGACAUCUAGUUACCUGUAUGUUUGUAGUUAAUUAAGUCAUUAAGAUCAAGCCACUGUUUGAUUAAGUGUGAUUUGCUUCUAAUCCCACUGAUAUGUUUGUUUUUCAUACAAAGUAUGGCAAUUUUUCAUAUAGUCAAGCAACCAAUGAAUAUGUGUGUUACCUAGGGAUAUCACACAUACUGCCAACAUACAGUGUAUAUAUAGCUUAAAUGUCUAUAUGUAUACUAAACAAAAUGUGCAUUUAUACAUUUGUUAAUAAAAUAAAAAUCUUCCUUCCAGUCCU